AUGGAUGCUUCAGACGCCUCGUAUAAAAAGGAUAUGCUCACUGGCAACGAAUACUCUUCUCCUUCCGACGUCGAAAAAACAUCGCCGCAUCUCCCCACAACACCCGACCUAGCACCUCUCAAAAGUGAGAUCACUUAUCCCGAAGGCGGCCGCGAUGCCUGGUUGGUGGUAUUGGGUGCGUGGUGUGGCUUGACCUCAUCACUAGGUAUCUAUAACACAUCUGGUGUGUUCGAGGUCGUUAUAUCCAAAGUGAUAUUACCGGAGGCUUCAUCAUCUACUAUUGGCUGGAUAUUCUCAGUCUACGCCUUCGUAAACUGGGUCUGUGGAGUGCAGAUUGGACCGACCUUUGAUGCCAUGGGCCCGCGUGCACUGAUGAUUGCCGGGACUAUUUGCACGCUGAUUGGAAUUUUCACACUCAGUGUCUCUACAGAAUACUACCAGAUCUUCCUGUCAUUCUCCAUAAUGACCGGAAUUGGCUCAUCCCUUCUCCUGACACCCUCGAUGGGUUGCGUCGCUCAUUGGUUUAUGGAGCGUCGCGGCCUUGCUAGUGGUAUAGCGUUCAUAGGAGGAGGGUUUGGCGGGGUUCUAUUUCCGCUGAUGAUACAAUCGCUCCUCCCUCAAGUUGGCUGGGGAUGGUCGAUCCGGAUCCUUGGAUUUGUGCUGCUUGUGCUUUGUGCUAUCAGCGUGGCUUUCUGCCGAAGCAGAAUCCCUCCCCGCAAAGGAGCUGAAACAACUUGGCGAGAUACAUUGCCGGAUUAUAAAAUCUUCAUGGAUGGAACGGGAGCCAUGGUACUCACAACUGUCGGAGUGCUCUUGACUGAUUUGGCGUACUUCAUCCCGAUCACGUACACGCCACGUUACUAUAUCGAUCGACAGCAUCUCCCUGACGAGGAGGCCCUGACGGGGUCAUCGGCGUUUGCGUAUCAGCUUCUCGCGAUUCUCAAUGCUGCUUCAUGCGUUGGCCGAUACGUGGCGGGCGACAUGGCGGAUCGAUUUGGCAGAUAUAAUACCAUGAUUGUCUCGCUGUUCUUCUGCACAGUAUCAGUUCUAGGCUUCUGGUUACCAGAUAUCCUCGCGCCAGACCUGGAUUCUUACGCACUCAUGCUUGACACCAAUAUGCCUCGGUCAGCUUUGCGAGACCCAGGAAUAUGGACGAUACUACGCGAGCUGCUUUACGGUAGUGUCUUUUGGGGUAUUACAGUGCGUCCGUUAGAUUAG